GUGUUACUGAACAUACAGUGAUUGUUAGUAAGAGCCAGUGAGACAUCUGUAUUAUACCGGAGACUCUUUUAGGAGAGCAUUGCUUGGUCCACAUAGAAAUUGAGGCAUACAAGUCAAACUAGGUGAACUCAGCUGAAGACUGAAGUCAUCUUUGAGAGUAAGACAUGGACUGUCACAAUGAGGAGUGCAGCCGCCCCCAAGAGGAGGAGGACAUCAUGGACAUUCCCUUGGAUGACCCCGAGGCCAACAGGGCUGCUGCCAAGAUUCAGGCUGGCUUCCGUGGCCACAUGACCCGUAAGAAGAUGAAGCCGGAGGACAAAGCAGAAGGGGAGGAGGUGAGCAGCACUGGGGAUGUGCUCAACGGCAGCCAGGGGGACACAGAGGCAGGAGGAUCGGGGGCAGUAGAGAGAGACGACACAUCUGUGCCAGAGCAGUGACACCCCUGUCCUGACCUGGAUGAAGAGAAAGAGGGGGAGGAAGGUAGCGAGAGAUGGCUGGCAUAAGCUGGCUGGGCUGGCUUUCAGACAUACCUUUUUACCCCAGGAGUGAUUUUCUUUUUCAACACAAAUUAGCAGUAGGAAAUGAACAGUUUAGAGGGUGUGUUAUGUGAAUUUUGUGAACUUUAACACUCCUUCUCUGCUUCUCCAGCAGUCUCAUCAGUACGGAUGUCUUUGACCCAGAAUUUGCAACUCACUGCAUGUACUUGUGAAACUUCUGGUAGUGUGCUAGUUUUUAGAUGAUGAUCUGUGAAUGUGAAAAUGAAUGUCCUCUAAAUGCUAAACAGGGCUUAUUUUGGACAGAACACUUCAUACCAUCUGUGUAUAAACCUUGUAUGCAUCAGCAUUAGACUUUGCGUAAGUAGUGGCUUAAAUUAUUUGUUCUUCUGCAUUAUUUUCUGAUGUGCUUUUAUCUUGACUAUUAUUUAUCUAUUUGACUUGCUUACAAAAAUGAUUAAAAUAUCAAAAAUAUCAAAAGAUAAAGUAGCUAUGUAUGUUCUAUUUAUUCUAAGUUACUUCAGUCAGAUUGCAAUUGCCUUGAUUAUCUUUUUGAUCAGGAGUAAGUUCUCUUUUCACCUGUUUGAGCAUUUUCUAUAAAUCUGAUCUUCCAGAACAGUAAGCAUGCAGUAAUUACACUUUUUUUUUCCAGAUGCAUUUUACAGCUUUACCUUAUGAGACACUUGUUCAAUAUGCUCUGUUGUUGUGUUGGUGGGUUUGACUUGUUUGACUUAUGUUAAAUCAGGUGUGUGAAAUUCCGUUGUCAGAGUUUGCAGAGCUUUCAUGCUUUAAAACGAAUUGAAUAGUACCUUGCUGAACUUUGCUGUAGAGUCAUGGCAUUACACUAAUAAAUACACCUUAAAUAUA